AGUACCGUUGUGUCUAUUGAAAUCAUCGUGUCAGAGCCCGUGUCAUUUUUUUACAUGGAUCGAAAAUUAUUGAUUAACACAGAUAACAUUAGAUUUGUCUUCUUCAAAGUCUUUUGUUCGCAGUACACGAUCAUCUGCAACCCAUCGAAACAUGCUUUCUCCUCCAAGCCAUCAACAAUAAAUGCAUCUCGCCCUGUCAUUGUCAUCCAUCGGAGAUGCUGCUGACUCUUUUCUACAUGGUUGCGACCUGGGUACAGUCAUGGAGACUAUCCUCUCUAAGGACGCGUCUCCAGUCAAUUUUACAAGGUCCAGAGGCCACAAGGCCAACUGUCAUGCUCUACACAGCAGCCACAGUUCAAUCGUCAGUCAAAGAUGAAAACAAUGGCAACAAAAACAAAUUACAGAAUGGUCACAAUUACUCCAAUGGCAAGGACAUGCUCAGCUCGCACUUUUGUAACAAUAGUAAUCUCGCUAAACUAGGAGAUCUCCUCUGGUACCAAGGAGACAAAAGGCUGUGUACUAUAUAUCCUCAACAACAAGUCGAUGUAUCAGAUUGGUUACUAUUUCCACUAGGUAAAACGAUAUUUCCUCUAUUUAUUCAUAAUAAUGCUCAAACACCACUCCAACAAAAUGCAAAAAUGCACGUACUCAUCGAAGCAGAUUUAAACAACUACAUCCCUCAAGCAUCCUCAAAAGCUACAAAGCUCGAAGAUUAUGGUUUGAUAGUAACAUGGACUUCAGACAAAAACUUUGGUGUGAUACUUGAAACCGAUUUAGACCAUAUAACAAAGUUCUCUACUACCCUAAUGCAGGGACAAUGCUUUAUUAAUAAUGGAUUACCUGUGACGCGGAUCGAAUCUGUUUCAGUUUUUGGUAAACCGUGUGUGUGUAAUCACGAACGCUUCAAUUUGGUGGAAAGUACAAAAUUAAUCAGCGGCUCACAGUGGGAUACCUAUGUGAAGAAAUUAAGACUAGUCAGCAGUACCUCGAGAUUGGUAUCUCAGCAAAACCAACCGAUUGAAGUAAAAGAAAUUCCUGGCUUGGUUGUGUCACCAGGAAGUCAACCAAUAACGUUACAAAUGCCGACUGUUUUAGAAAUGAAGAUUUUAAGUUACUCUUCUGACUACUUGACAGAUUCCCCGGUGCCGUCAACGCCUCCCCCAACUCCAGCAUUGGCCAGCUCUGGGAUAAACGGGACCACGUCAAGACUAGAUCACACCCUCGCAAAGUCAAUAGACUUGAAUUCAUCCGUAGGCUCACUGUCGAAUCUAAGUUCCGCGAGAUCCCAAGAGUUCAUUCUGGAGGAUAGCUCGAUGGAAAAUUUAACCAGUGCAGCUUCACUGAAGGCAGUGAAAAACUUGAGGAUCGGCGACAGUAGAGAUACAGUCUUGUCGACUACGAGCGUGGCAUCGUCCAGGUUGUCACUCGCUACCCCUGCGUCAACAAACUACUCGACACCCUACAAAACUGAAACCAGUCGUCCCAACGGAAAUGCAAGACCUCCGAACAUUUUCAUUUGCGCCGACAGUGCAGUUGCUAGCGACAACGUUCGCAACGUGCUCGAAACGAUUCUCAAAGAAAACAAGUACACAAUUUAUUCGCUAUCGGCCAAGGAAUCUCAAAACGACGCCUGGAUGGAGACGACAAACUUGGUGAUAGUGUGCGGCAACGUAGGCAGCGAGAUCUCCUCGCAAGUGGUCGAGUUCCUAGUCCGUGGUGGCAAGCUUCUGGCUCUCUGCUCCGACAUUCUGACGGCUCUCUUGCCGACCUUCAAGACCGCGGAAGUUCGCGAGAACGAGCUGGUGCGCUUCUCCUACGGUAAAUGGAAGCACGUGCGCAUGAUGCACCACGUAUUCUGCUACCAGGCGUCACCAAUCAAGACCAAGUUCUCCCAAGACCAGGAGGAGUCAAAAUCCCCUUUCAGAUCGGUGACGCCACCGACACCGGUUUCGGCGAGCGUGAGCGACCGGGCGGGAAAGUUGCAUGCCUUUGACGUCAAGGUUCUGGGUUCAGAGGAGACCUGGCACACACCCAGUAUUCUGUUGGCCAGAAUGACGGAGAGCGCCGGCCGCGCCGUUUUCUCGCAAAUCCACCUGGAGGCCGAUCCGGCACAGUACGAGUUGUUCGAAGAGAGCAAGCUCGCGGCUCUCAAGCAGAGCAACCUCGCGCGUCUCGAGAUAUUUGCCGAUCUCCUCGGCACUCAUCUCGGCGUCGAGGUCACUCCCAAGCCAAAGACUCCGCCCGACUACUGUCCGGCUUUCUUUCUUGGUCGGCACGACCUGAAGAUAGAAAUGCUGAAGCAGUUGAAGAACAAAAUGCAGCCGAACGACGUUUUGAAAACUGAUAAGAUAGAGUUGCAAUUUUGUGGCACGUCCACUCAUCCAAAACCCGCGUCCGCGACUUUUCUACCGAUUAUGGUGCACAGGUGCCCGGACAACUUUUCAACUGUUGAAUAUUUCGAGAACCUCAACACGGAAGCAAUAGGUCGUUUGGUGAUAUACUCAGACAUAAUGACGUCGUCUAACGACAUAGUGAGCGGUGUAGCUUUGCACCAUGGAUUAGCAGUUCUUCCGUUAAGACAAACAAAAGGUCAAGGACGCAAUAGUAAUGCAUGGCUGAGUCCAGAAGGCUGUGCCAUGUUUACGGUACAACUCCAUAUUCCGUUAAUGUCUCCACUUGGAGGACAACCAUCACUAAUUCAGCAUUUGACGGUAGUAGCGAUAGUCACAGCAGUCAAGUCGAUUCCAGGAUACCAGGAUCUAGAUCUUAGAAUUAAGUGGCCUAAUGAUAUCUAUGAGGGAGGUGGUUCAAAGAUUGGGGGUCUCGUUGUCAAAUCUAUUGUUCAAUCAACCAUAAUUUGCAACAUUGGAAUGGGCGUUAAUCUCUCGAAUAGUUCUCCAACAACUUGCAUAAAUGACAUGAUAAAAAAGUACAAUGACAUUUCUAAAAAUAAAUUAAAGAAAUUGUCUUAUGAGAAAUUUUUGGCACUGUCCUUCAAUGAACUGGAAAAAUUAAUUAACAUAGUACAAAACGGCAACCUGGAUUACUUCUACGAACUUUAUUACAAAUACUGGAUGCACACGGAUGCCGAAGUCACAGUAGUUCUACAGGAUGGUUCAUCACAAGAGGUUAAAAUUUUAGGGAUCGAUAAGUUUGGAUUCUUGCAAGUAAAAGGAAAGCGAGGAAACGUAUUCACUGUUCAUCCUGAUGGAAACAGUUUCGACAUAAUGAAAGGAUUAAUAGCUCCAAAGGCUUAAUCAAGCAGGACGAGUGUCAAAAACAUCUAGUGAUGUAGAUAUUAUAGUCACGGUGAAUAUUAUCUUACAAAAAGUCGCAUUUUGCAAAAUUAUAUGCCUUGAUAUUUUUUACUACAUCAAUUUGCUGUUGAUAUAGAUUGUAAUUAAUAUAAAAAGCAUUAAGCAUCAUGUGUUAGUUAUACGUAUGUUAGCACAUACGUAUAACAUAUAUUUACGUAUUCCCAUCACAAAAUUAUUCAAAUCAUUUGUUUCAAUUUCAUGAAAUUUCAUAGGUUGUCUUCUUGUAAAUGUCUUGAUAACUCCUUAAGUAAUAAUGAA